AUGAUGGAGAAAUCCAAUUUCAAAGUCAUCAUUGUUGGGGGAUCCAUUUCUGGCCUGACUCUUGCGCAUUGUCUGGCCAAAGCGAACAUCGACCAUAUCAUUCUGGAAAAGCGAGCUGAGAUAGCCCCCCAGGAAGGAGCCUUCAUUGGCAUCUGGCCAAAUGGAGCACGGAUCUUGCAACAACUGGAAGUUUAUAGUAGCCUCGAAAAGCUCACCGCACCGAUACACCGGAUGCACAUUUCCUAUCCGGAUCAAUUUUCUUUCAGCAGUUUGCUGCCCAAGAAAGUGCAUGAAUUAUUCGGGUACCCUAUAGUAUCUCUUGAUCGCCAGAAGGUUCUGGAAAUAUUGCUCGACCAUUACCCCGACAAAUCGAAGGUCUUGACUAACAAGCGUGUGUCGGAAGUACGCCUUGGGGAACACGGCGCCAGUGUUCUGGCAGAUGAUGGGAGUAUUUUUGAAGCCGAUCUCAUUGUGGGUGCAGAUGGUGUCCACAGCCGUACCCGAUCCGAGAUGUGGCGGUUGGCCGAUGAUAUACAUCCCGGUUACAUUUCGCAAAGCGACAAAAAAGUCGAAUAUACGUGCGUAUUUGGAAUAUCGAAGCCGAUACCCGGACUAGAAACAGGAGAGCAUAUAAACCGAUACGGCGAUCAAUUUUCUGUUAUAACGUUCCAUGGGAAAGAUGGAAGAGUCUUCUGGUUUAUCAUCCAGAAGCUUGAUCAACCUUAUGUCUAUCCCAAUGUCCCUCGUUAUUCCCUUGACGACGCUGCCGAUCUUUGCAGCAAAUUGUCACAUGUUUCCAUCCUGGGGGAUAUCCGCGUUGAAGAUCUCUGGAGGAAUAGACUCGUUGCGUCUAUGACUGCACUUGAGGAGGGGCUCCUUGAGACUUGGCAUUUCAAUCGCAUAGUCCUCCUUGGGGACAGCGUGCACAAGAUGACACCAAACAUUGGUCAAGGAGCAAAUACAGCCAUUGAGGAUGCUGCUGUUCUGGCGUCACUGAUUAAUCGUCUUGUCCACACGGAUGACGUUCCCAGCCCAACUGAGGCUCACAUUGAAUCAAUGCUUCGGGAGUAUCAAAGCCUGCGAUACGAGCGUGCAAAGAGUACAUACGAGCGAUCUAGAUUUGGAGCCCGGUUUCAUACGCGGGAUGAUUGGGUGAAGGCGUUGGGCGGUCGUUAUAUUUUUCCUUUCAUAGGUGGUCUUGUAGAGCGCGCAACUUCAAAGGUUCUGGCCAACGGAGAAACGAUUGAUUACCUUCCAUUUCCCGACCGUUCGGGACCAGGUUGGAUUCAAAAGUCUUCCAAGGUCAAGACAACUGCUCUGCUACAGUGGAGGCUGCUUUGGAUUAUCCCUGUUACUAUCUGUUGGGCUUUUUUGUGGAUGCGCCCGAAUUCGUCAUGA